AAUGAAGGUUUCGAAGUCGACCUUAAUUAUCUAGGAUCUCGAACUCUGUGAUGUCUAUUGUAUUGUGUUUUGGUUGUCUGACUCUGUGAUCUUUUGGAUCUGUCAUUGUCAGAAAUAAAUUCUUUUUGAAAUUUCCCUCAUUGUAAAUUGAGGGUUGACGGGACGUGACAAUGGGUCGUGUGAUUCGCGCUCAGCGUAAAGGUGCCGGGUCGGUCUUCGUGUCGCAUACGAAGAAAAGGAAAGGAGCUCCUAAACUCCGUUCAUUGGAUUAUGCAGAACGCCACGGCUAUAUCAAGGGCGUAGUAAAGGACAUCAUUCACGACCCUGGCCGCGGUGCACCGUUGGCUGUGGUACACUUCCGUGAUCCAUACAAGUUCAUGACCCGCAAGGAACUUUUCAUUGCUCCUGAGGGUCUCUACACAGGUCAAUUUGUAUACUGUGGGAAAAAAGCAACACUUGAAGUUGGAAAUGUGAUGCCAGUUGGAGCUAUGCCUGAGGGCACAAUUGUCUGCAAUCUGGAAGAGAAAAUGGGUGACAGGGGUCGGCUGGCUCGCGCCUCUGGCAACUUCGCCACUGUCAUUGGCCACAACCCUGACGCCAAGCGCACGAGGGUCAAGCUUCCAUCCGGUGCUAAGAAAGUGCUGCCCUCCAGCAAUAGAGGAAUGGUUGGUAUUGUCGCUGGUGGUGGACGUAUAGACAAACCCAUACUGAAGGCAGGUCGUGCGUACCACAAGUACAAGGUGAAGCGUAACUGCUGGCCAUACGUGCGUGGUGUGUCCAUGAACCCUGUGGAGCAUCCUCACGGUGGUGGUAACCACCAGCACAUAGGUAAGGCUUCGACUGUCAAGAGAGGAACAUCUGCCGGUCGCAAAGUUGGUCUUAUUGCUGCUCGCAGAACUGGAAGAAUCCGUGGUGGCAAGACAGAAACAAAGAAGGAGACGUAAACUUAUACAUAACAUCAAUAAAAGUUAUAAAAUCCA